AUGCUUCACUUCCAGCAGAACAAAGUGAACAAAGAGAGCUUGGAGCUUCUGGAGAAUGUGAGCGGAAAUCUCCCCUCACAAUGCAUAAAUGAAAGGGCAGCUUUCAAACCCACCCAGGAUGUCCUCCAACUCCCAGUGGCCCAGAAGGAGAAUGCCAAGGUGGCAAUUCAAGAGAUCCUCCAAGAGAUCUUCAACAUCUUUAGCAAAAACCUCACCCAAAGUGCCUGGGAUGCCACUUCCAUAGUCAGGUUCCAAAAUGGCCUUUACCAGCAAAUUCAAAGGCUGGAGGCAUGUUUGAGAGCACAGACAGAGAAGGGCUUAACCAACCCGGAAAGUCAGGACCUCCAGAUCACCAGUCGGAGAGUGAAAAAAUACUUUCAGGGGAUAGAUGCUUUCCUGAAAGAAAAGCAAUACAGCCUGUGUGCCUGGGAGAUCAUUCGCGUGGAAAUACACAGAUGUUUUGUACUGAUUGACAAACUCACUAGAAAACUUCGUAACUAA